AUGACGGGCUUGUGGGAUGUUGUGGCGGCCGGCCGGUUGCGGGAGACGGCCUCGCUCCUGCAGCGUGGGGGCGAGCAGGACACGAAGCGGGAACUGCACCGGAUGGACAUGAACGGGGACAACCUCCUCAUCCUGGCCGUGCGCUCGAGCAAUCCGGACCUCGUCCAGCUGCUGCUCGACAACGGCAGCCAGCCGGACAUGCGCAGCCGCAAGACAGGCUGUAGUGCCCUGCACGAAGCCGUCCGUCUUCCGCCAGGAAUCGACACCAUGCGCACACUCGACCUUCUCGUUGAGCGUGGCGCCUACGUCAACCUCCGCGACAAGGCAGGUCAGACACCGCUACACAUGGCCACCGAGCUGGCGUUCGAGGACGCGAUCGACUACCUACUGUCGGUGGGCGGCAACCCUACGCUCAAGGACAAGAAGGGCCGCAAGCCGGUGGGCAUCGCCAAGGCCAACACCGAUUCGCACAUCUUCGAGACCUUCUUCAACCUCGAUUUCAAGAAGCACCAGGAGCGCAAGCAGAAGGGCAAGCGGAAGGGCGGCGUGAGGAAGAAGAAGGACCCCAACCAGCGCGUGUUCAAGGCCAUCCUGCUCAACCGGCUGAAGGACCUGGAGAACACGUUGAAGGUCGGCGAGAAGAGCGGAGUGCGGAGGUCACAGUCCGCUCUACUUGGCAAGCUGGGCCAUUUGGAGGCGUUGAAGCUGUUGAUCAAGUACGGCGCCAAACCCAACAUCAUGAACACGAGUGGAACGACUGCUCUACAUGCCGCUGCCGAAGGAGGGCACGACGCUGUAAUCGAGGUGUUGCUCGAGCACGGAGCGCCGAUCGAUGUGCGGGAUAACGACAAAAAGACGCCGCUGGAUCUCGCCUUUCAGAAGGGCAAGGGGUCCACCACGCGCUUGCUGUUGAAUCUGAUUCUCAGUCGAGGCCAGACCUUCUCCCAGAAGCGAUGGGACUGGAUGUUUCGGAAGGCAACUAAGAGCGGGCAAGUGGACCUGAUGCAGCUGGUGAUGAAGUGCUCAAAAUCGCUGAACGUCAACACCCAAACAUUGACCGGGUGGACGCCCUUGCAUAUCGCGGUGAGGAAUGGCCAGGUCGAUGCAGUUGCGUUCCUGUUGUCGCAAAGAGGAAUCAAGACGAACCUGGGCACGGAGGCGAACUGGACGCCUCUACAUGUUGCCUGCGAAUACUCCAACGCCGACAAGAAGAUGAAGCUCAUGUCGCUCCUGCUCUCGCAGAAGGGGACCAACCCCAACAUACAGAACACUGCAGGCUUUACACCUCUGCACAUGUGUGCCAAGAAGCACGAUCUGGAAGGGGUCAGGUUGCUGCUGGAGUACAAUGCCAAUCCCGACAUCAAGGACAACAAGGGCUGGACUCCGCUCUCGAUUGCCUACAGCGAAAAGCAGCAGAAGGCGAAGCUGAGCAGCGACGCCGAGGGCGAGGUUGAGGUGGAGAGCGAGCAGAUGGACGACGAGGAGGAAGUGAUGCACUGCCUGAUCGAGGCCGGUGCCAAUCCCAACCAACUGUCGUUCACCUCUCGCACGUCGCCUCUCUUCGAGGCCUGCCGGGUGGGCAUGGAGCGGCGAGCAGAGGUUCUCAUCGGUGCGGAGGAGAUGAGCCAGGCCUGGUCCGUGCUCAGCCUGUCGGUGCUCAAGGAGCGAUCGCCUCGCAUCAUCUCCCUCCUUGUGGAGAAGGGCGCAGACGUCAACUUCACCAACGCCAAGGGCUACACUCCGCUCCACACCGCGGUCACGUUGGCCAACUACGAGGUGGUCAAAAUCCUGCUCGACGCCGGGGCCGAUCCCAACAUCUGCAACGCCGACGGCACAUCGCCCCUCGCCACGGCCUUUUGCGUGGCAUUUGCCGACAAGGCGGAGGUCAGCACGGUGUCGGUGGCCCAGGAGGGUCUCGGCCAGAGCCAGAGCCCCGCCGCCUCGGUCACCCGCCGCCGCCAAGCGGAGAAGAUCAUCGAGGAGCUGUUCAGGAGAGGCGCUCGCACCGAAGCCGGCUCGGGGCAAAGCUACCUCAAGCUGCUCAAGACUGCGCUCUACGGCAACAGCACGUCCAUUCUGGCUUCGCUUCUCGCACCGCGCGCCGACGCGGACGACGCGCCGCUGGUGGCGAUGGAGGCGCUCGUGAGCGACUCCUCCGAGCUGCUGAACUACCUGCUCAACAUGCGGAAGCGGAAGAACACGCAGCUGGACCACCUCAAGCAGCUGCUGACCCUCUUUAUCGACGGCCGACAGAGCGGCGGCGGUGCCGAACUCGAGGACCCUGGGGUGGGCGCCAAUCUGACGAUCGCCUGCCGGCUCGACGUCAACAUGACCAGGGCCGGGCGCACACCGGUGCACGAUCUGGUCCUGGCGUCGGUGUUCGCAGUGGCCAACGCCAGCAAGGCAGCCGGUGCCUUGCCGCACGCAUCGCUCGCGUUCGAGCGCGAACUGAUCGACUUCCUCGUCGCGAAGGGCGCACAGAUCAAUCAGCCCGACCAGAACACCGGCUUCACGCCCCUCGUCAGCGCAGUGUUGGCCCUCAGUCUGCUGAAGGGAAACACCGACUUCUGUUGUCGGGACCAAGUCUUGAGUCUGAUCGACCACCUGCUCUCCCUCGGGGCGGUGCCCUCGCUCACCAUAGUCGACAAGGCCGGCGACGCACGCAAUCUAGAAACGCUACUGGCCUUGGCCGCCAAGUACGUCGGCGACGCGGGGGUCCAGGGCCUCAUCGCUGCACCCGACUCCAAGGGCAGGUCUGCCCUACACCUGGCCUUGAUCGCCGGCCACCUCCCGACCGUCACUUGCCUGCUCCAGCACGGCGCCGACGCGAGCGCGUGCGACGGCAAGGGGUGGUCGCCACUGCAGAUGGCCUACAUGAACAAGGACAGCACGGAGGAGCAGCUAUGGUCGAUCAUGACAGAGCUGGUCGCCCACGGUGCCGAUGUGAACGACCGCACCAGCAAGCACACCAUCCUCGACCUGGCCGUGGGCAACGGCCGGUGGGCGUUGGCCGAGAAGCUCAGUGCCAUGGGUGCCACUCUGUCCCAGGGCUCUGCCCUCCUGGGCCAAAAGAACAGCCGGCAGCGAUGGCCGCUCCUCCACUCGGUGGCUAAGGGCGGUAACUGUGAGAUCGCGAAGCAGAUCCUUGACGCCAAAAGUGUUGACAUCAACGACAUGGACCCGCAUAUGUGGACGGCGGUCCAUAUCGCGGUGCUUCACGGUGACGUGAACAUGACGCGGCUCCUGCUGGAGCACGGCGCCGAUCCGUCGCAGAACACCAACCAUGCGUGGAGCGUGCUCCACACGGCCGCCGCCCUCCGACGCGCCAAGACCACCGAGGAGCUCGCCCGACAGAAGCUGGACAAGCAGAAGCGGGACCAACGCGACUUCAAGCGCCAGGAGAGGCGCAAGGCGGCAGAGGCCAAGAAUGCCAAGAAUGCCAAGAAUGCCAAGGCCGACGGCGCUCAACCCGAGCGCCGGCCGCGUGUCAGCCGCCAGGAGAUCGAGGAGGCCAAACGCAAGCGCAAGGAGGAGAAGGCGCAGCAGGCCGAGGAGGAUGUCAAGGCCGAUUCGGACGCGCAGACCAACGAGGAGCUCAGCGAGCAGCUCCUGCGGGUCCUGCUGGAGGGUCCGGGCGCCAAGACGCUGAACAUCAACGGAAAGGACGAGCGGGGCCGCACGGCGCUCGAUAUCGCCCUCCUCGUGGGCAACAUCAAGGGCGGCAAGGUGCUGGCCGCAGACGGCGGGCGCACGCACAAGUUUGGCUUCCCCAAUUCGAAGGGCUGGAAUGAUCUGCACCGAGCGGUGUUUGAAGGUGAGCUGCGUACGGUGAGGGACAUUCUCCACGUGCGAUCGGAGCCGGCCUUCUCGCACAUCAUCGACGUCAACGCCGAAGACAUGGCCGGUCUCACGCCGCUUUUGAUCGCUGCGAUGAAGCCCAACGCCCGAGUGGUGAAGGAGCUGCUGGAACAUGGCGCCAAUCCUGCGCACACGGACCGGGCAGGCCGGAACUGCCUUCACCACGCGCUCCUGCGCAAGAGACGGGCUGUGGUCAAGGUGAUCAUGAAGUACGUGGGCGACGAUGUGGUCAUGGCCAAGACCAAGGAUGGAUACACCUGUCUCGACCUUGCCAGCACGCAAGCGUUCAAGAAGAUGAGCCUGCACGACCUGGUCUCGAGGAACUACAAGAAGGCGGCGGUGGAGGAGAGGCCCGAGAACCGGCACGACGACCGCGAGAAGAAGGUCAAGGAGGGCCGCGAGAGCAUCGUCACCCACGACGUGGCGUCCUGGGGCGGGCGCAAGACGGGCAAGGCCGUGGCGCUCGAUCUCUUCGAGGACUGGCACGAAUGGCAGGACGACUACGCCCGCGAGCAGGAGGAGUAUGAGGCCGAAGAAGAGGCGGCCGCCCACUACGCCGAGGGUACCGGUGGCGAAGAAGAAGAAGGUGGUCGCUACUACCAUCGCCAGCCGAGCCGUCACCACAGCAUCGAUUGGAGCGAGUACCUGCCGCAGCCCGUCUAUCCGUACCCGCUCUCCGUACAGUACGGCGACUACCCGACCCUGUACGACCCCUCGUUCACCUAUCCGCCGGGCUACGCCGACGACGACGCGGAGGCCACGAUGGAGGUGGCUAAGUGGACCGACGGAGUGGACGGAGCGGACGGAGCGGAGGAGCAUGGCUGGACAGGGUUCAGUGCUGCUGACUGGACGACCUGGGGGCUGCCCGAUGAUCAGUCCCGCAUCGCUGAUGGGAACGGGUGGGGCGAAGCCGAAGCCGAAGCCGAAGCCGACGGCGACGGCAACUCCUGGGGCCAGCCGACAGAUCAGGACCCGAACGCUCUGCCCUCGGCCUGCCCCUUCUGUGGGUCUCUGUGGGCCGACUCCGAGUCCCUCACCGCCCACGCCCUUGCUGCGCACAACGCACACUUGGGCUAG